AAGUAUAUAUUGUAGAUUUGUACCCACCCAGCCUUUUCACAAGACGAAUACUCUCUCGGUCUAGGAAGAUCGAAUAUAGCAGACAUGGGUGACUUGAGUCAUGUUAAUCAGGUACCACCACCAACAAAGAAGUCUAACAAAAUCCGAGACAUUGUUAGGCUUCAACAGAUGCUUAAGAAGUGGAAGAAGGCUGCUACCGCCACCAAGAACAACAAUGACAACAACAACAACAACAAUGCUGCUGCUCCUAUCACCACCAACAACAACAAGACAACCACUAAAGGGCUCAACAAGUUCCUGAAGAAGACUCUAUCCUUUUCGGAUAUCAGCAGCAGCAGCAGCUCUCAGCAGCAGGGUCAGGAAGAUGUGGUGAAAAAAGGAUAUCUGGCUGUUUGGGUAGGGAGAGACGAAGGGGGGAUGAAAAAGUUUGUAAUCCCCACAGACUACUUGGCACAUCAAGCUUUCAGUGUCCUCUUACGAGAUGCCGAAGAAGAGUUUGGAUUCCAGCAAGAGGGCAUCCUCAAGAUUCCAUGCGACGUCCCACUUUUUGAGAAAAUCUUAAGGAUGAUGUCAGACAACAAGAAACAGAACCAACGUCCUACUCUCAAAUCUUCAUCUUCGACAUCUUCAUUCUUCUUAUAUGAGCAAGAUCAGAAACCGCAGCAGCCGGAUCAGUUGCUCAACCACUGUUCCUCUCCUGCACCACCUCAUAUUAACACCCCUCCAACCACUCCUACUCACAACCUCCCAUUGUACUGUCGAUGACUUUUUGGAGAUCAUUUAGUUAAUUACAUCUCUACUCCUUUUGAUAUCAUCAACACUUAAUCUGUUUUCUAGUUGUUCCUGCUAUAGCUACUUAAUUACUGUUAAGAAUGCAUGGCCUUGAUUAAGAUAUAUAAUAAAAUUGCUAAAUGUAUAUCUUCAUCAGCUUGUUCUAGUGUCUCGUAUCUUCUUUUUUGUGUGUGCUCAUUUGAUAAGUAAAAUGAAUAUGCUGUUUUCUUUC